CGCACCGGAAGUAAACAAACCACGCUCUGUUACAGUUGGUUCACCGCUAUCGAUGAGUGGAGUAAACUAAGAUACGAUGUUAUAGUAGUUUCGCGGAAAAUACUACACUUAUAUUUAGGAAAUAAUGUCUUCGGUUGAGUUUUUGAGAGAGUUUGUUAUCGAGCGACUCUCUGCUGCUGCUGAAGAAAUAUUUGGAGUUUUUCAGAAAACUAUCGUCGAAUAUGAGGAGGAGAUCAAACGGCAGCGCAGACUGCUGGAUGUCGUUUUGAAACCGGAAAUAAUAGAGCUCCCACAGCAUCCUGUCUGUGAGGAGCAGGUUCUCUCUGAGCAGCAGCUCUGUAUUCAGGAGAGGAACUCCAGUCUGGACCAAGAGGACCCAGAGCCUCCACAGAUUAAAGAGGAGCAGGAGGAGCUGUGCACUAGUCAGGAGGGAGAGCAGCUUGGACUGGAGCCGGAGACUGAUGCCUUCAUGUUGACUGCUACUGAGGAGGAGAGUGAGCACCAGCUCCUCUCUCACAACUCUCAUGUAGCUGAGAGCCAAGAUCAGAAAGGAGGCGUGCAAGCCUCAGGAUCAACUGGACAUGCAGAGCCAAGACCACAGAAUCAACACCGCAAACGUCACCAAAGCAAAUUGUCAGAGAUGCACUGUGAUACUCGGCAAGACUCAGGAGAGUCUGCAAGAGAUUCAGAGCCAAAAAAACUGAAUCAACAUCCUGAAAGCAGUAACAAUGCAAACAACACUGAUUUGUCCGAGAUGCAAAGUGAUACGCACACAGGGAAACAGCCUUUAAAAUGUGACAAAUGUGAAAAAUAUUUUAAGUACAGGUCAUCACUGGAAAGACACCUGAUAAUUCACACCGGGGAGAAGCCAUAUUCCUGCAAUACGUGUGGGAAAAAAUUUACUCAGAAGUCAAAGUUGAACUAUCAUACAAAAACCCACAAAGGUGAGAAGUCAUAUUCUUGCAAAAUUUGUGGAGAAAGUUUCAAAUACGAUCGCCUAUUAACAGUCCACAUCAAACGGGAGCAUGCAACAUCUGUUGGAAAAUAUUUGACCGGCCACAAGUGUAAAAAAAAAUCGUAUUAGAAUCCACACAAGUGAGAAGCUGUGUGGAAUAUUUCCAAUACUACACAGCCCACGUGGAAACACACACAGGGGAAGAGCUUCCAAAGAUCCACGAGGAUCAGGAGGAGCUGUGCACCACUCAAGUGACUGGAUUGUUUAUUCAUUUUGAACGCUUUCAGAAUGUUCUUCUUUACACUUAAAAAAUUAACUUGAGGAAUAUGAUGGUGAU